AUGACGCUUUCGCUUGCCAAAUCAGGCGCCGAGAUAGUCGCCAUUACGCUGCCGAAUGACCCCCAUCUUGACACCUUCCGAGACAGAAUCAAGAAUGCCGGCCAGAAGCUGAGCGUAUUCGAGGCCGACGUGGCAGAUACUACCAGCCUGCGGCUCACUUUCAAGCAGAUGUGGGAAACCGUGAUUAUGCCGGACAUUUUGUUAAACUGCGCGGGCAUCAAUCGAGGGGGUUUUUUGACAAACCUUAAGGGAAGCUUUAUUGCAGCUCAAGAGGUCGGUCGACGAAUGCUGGAAUUAAACCGGCCGGGGAAGAUCAUCAAUGUAGCCAGCAUCAUCUCCUUUAUCGGGGGCGCCCAAAUCAGCACCUAUGCUGCUACCAAGGGCGGCAUAUUGCAGAUGACCAAGGCCUUGAGUAAUGAGUGGGCAGGCAAAGGCAUUCAGGUCAACUGUAUCUGUCCGGGAUAUUGUGCCACUCCGUUGACAGUGGAAUAUACCAGCGACAAAGUGAAGAACGAAUAUGUUAUUCAGGGAACUCCUGCAGGGAGAUGGGGUCUUCCUGAGGAUUUCCGCGGCGUGGUCGUGUUUUUGGCCAGUUCGGCCAGCAAUUUUGUCACUGGGACUAGCAUCGUGGUGGAUGGAGGACUCAUUGCCAAGUAA